AUGAGUAUUGGUGUUGGUGAUGCAUCUGCUGUACUACCUCCAGCAUUACUGGCACGACCUAGCGUACGUCGGGGCUCCGUUUUUUCGGAUUUGGUAACAAUUUUUCGCCGAGGUAGUUCGCAUCCAAAUCGAUUGAUCCAGCGUCUUUCACGUCCAUCAGUUAAACAAUCGACAGAAAGCAAAAAGCAGGAAACCGGAGAAUUUCUUAAGCCAGCAGCAUACACAAAUGAACCAUACCAAGAAGAGGAAUCAGAAGAGAGUAAUCAGCCAAUGAGUCGCCAAGUAUUAUUGGACAAAAUCCGAGAGAAAAAAGAAGUAAUUGGAAAAUUACGUUGUCAGCCAUGGAAUAUGAAUCGUAAGCGACGAACUUUACGAUUAGCGCAGAAAUAUGUGGCGCAACACGAAUCACGGGUAUCUAAGACACACUUAUUAAAAGUGGAAUUGAAGAAAAGAUGGGGUGCAUUCUGUCGCUGGGCUGAUAACGUCAAAAUUUACUUAAUACCAUGGGAAGCUAAAAUUAAACGCAUUGAAAGUCAUUUUGGAUCUGUGGUAUCCUCAUACUUCACGUUUCUUCGUUGGAUUGUUUACGUAAAUUUGAUAAUUACCUUAAUUAUAAUCUCAUUCAUCGUCAUUCCAGAGAUGCUAGCGGACGCUGCAGCAGAUCCGAAUCGCAUGAAUCGUACUGCAUCAAGGAAAAUUAUUCCAUCACAAGAAUUAGUACAUGCGGAUGAAUUACAAGUCGUCUCAAAUUUUGAUGGCUAUCUUAAAUAUUCACCACUAUUCUACGGUUAUUACAGUAAUGAUGAAUUUGUUGGAGCACGGGUACGAUAUGCUGUACCACUAGCUUAUUUUAUCAUUACUUUAUUUGUAUUCGGAUAUAGCUGCUUUGCAAUCCUUAGGAAAAUGGCAAUGAACGCUCGCUUAAGUAAAUUAUCAGAUAAAAAAACGGAUCAGUACAUAUUCAGUUGGAAGUUAUUUGGCGGUUGGGACUAUACGAUCGGUAAUAGCGAAACAGCCAGUAAUACUGCUAUGGCUAUUGUCAUCAAACUUAGAGAAUCAAUUAUGGAAUGUCGAGUAAACUCGGAGAAAAAAUUUAAACCGUUACUUUUCUUGGCUCGUGUAAUAGCGAAUGCUAUCAUUCUAGCAAUGCUUGCAUUUUCCAUUUAUACGAUCUCAUUUGCUGUUCAGACAUCAGAAACAGUCGAGAAAACUGGCAAUUUAUUCACAAAGAAUCAAGUACCCACAAUAAUUGCCACCAUAACCAAUGUUUUUCCAAUGAUUUUUGAUCUUAUCGGUCAAAUUGAAAGAUAUCAUCCACGAACAGCGCUUCGAGCACAUUUAACAAGAGUUUUGGUUCUCUAUGUGCUCAACUAUAUUACAUUUAUCAUAGCCCUAUUUGAAAAGCUUGAUAAAAUUCGUGAUGAUGAAUUGAUGAAAAUUAUUAACGAGCAAAAUGCUAUGUUUCUUCAUGAUGAGCAGCAAUAUUCGACAUCAACCAAAUUUCACAGUCGUAAUUUUGUUAAUACUGAACAAGCUAAUAUGUUUGCUAAGACAUCUUUAGAACGUUUCUCCAAUCUGUACCAAAAAUCAUCGUUUACUAAGGAUGAAAUACGUCAAAAACGUCAAACAUUGUAUAAUAUAAAAUCAUCAGCUAAAUUUCCGGCUGGUACCAUAGUAGAAUCACAUUAUGGUCCUAUUGGUUUAAAUAAUCCAAGUGCAUUGCUAGCUAAUAAAAGUUAUCCAUGGCAACAAGGAAGAUUUCAAGCAAUACGAAUUGGUCCACCGUCACUCCCAACUUUUCCAAUCCCACCUCUUCCACCUAAUCCAACCUUAAAUACCAGUGUCCUUACCGAAUUAGGCCCACACUGGCAAUUACAAUCAAUAUGGCAAUCACCAAAAACUAUGAUCUUAACGACAGCAGCAGCAACAACAGUAGAUACAUCGUCACAAGAUUCAUCAAAAAUUGUCGCAAAAACGAAGGCACGGAUUCCAUGGAGUAAUAAAAGAAGACCAAAACCAGCCAAAAUAUUUAUAAAAACAACUUCUGCUCCAAUUAUAACGUUUGAUUCAAAAGCUGAUAUAAUCCAGGAAAAUUAUACGAUUGCCCCUAUAAUAUCUGAUAAAAUGAAUGAAAAUGAAACAAUCGUAACAUCUUCCAAUUCCACCACAGAUAAUGACACAAUGCUAGUGAUUGCUGUAGAUCGAAUGGCGGAAGGGAUAUCAGAGCAGAAGAUUUCAUCAAAUGAAUCCGGAAAAAUAAUUGUUGAUGAUAGAUAUUUUAAAGUAUCAAAUGAUGCGUUUAAUAAUAGGACACUUUAUCAAGCUCGAAAGCAAGCAAGUAUAACCAUUGAUGAGGCAGAAAUAGGAACUAAUUUUUGUUGGGAAACAAUGAUUGGGCAGGAGAUUGCAAAAUUAGUCACAAUGGAUCUUAUAAUAACUAUUGCAUCUAUAUUCAUUAUUGAUUUCUUUCGUGAUUUAUGGAUUAAAUAUUGUAAUUCGUGGUGGUGUUGGAAUAUGGAAACUACUUUUCCUGAGUAUGGAGAAUUUAAGGUAGCAGAAAAUGUACUUCAUAUUAUUAAUAAUCAAGGUAUGGUAUGGCUUGGAUUAUUUUUUGCACCAUUAUUACCUGCAUUAAAUAAUCUUAAAUUAAUCGUUUUGAUGUAUAUUCGAGGUUGGGCAUGUAUGACAUGUAAUGUACCUGCACGUGAAAUAUUUCGCGCUUCAAGAUCUAGUAAUUUUUAUUUAAUGGUAUUACUUCUUUGGCUAUUACUUUGUACAUUACCUGUUGGUUAUGUGAUUGCUUCCAAGAAACCAUCUUCUUCAUGUGGACCUUUUGCUGGCUAUACUAGAUUUUACUACGUUCUAACACAAAUGUUAGAAGGUCGAUUGGAUAGCAAAGUGAUAAAUUGGCUCAGAUAUAUUGCCUCGCCAGGUGUUGUUAUACCAGUUCUUCUACUUCUCAUGCUAAUCAUUUAUUUCUUAGUAUCAUUAGUACGUGGGUUACGAAAAACAAACAAUGACCUUCAGCAGCAGCUUAUACAUGAAAGAACAGAAGAAAAGAAGAAAAUAUUCGAAUUAGCUGGUACUGCACAGAGAAAAGUUUCUCAAAAACGACAAAAGAAAAAACAAGUUGUUACCUAUUUACCAUUAGUUGAGCAAAAACGACGAGAACCAUGGCGAUAUUAUAAUGGACAAGAAUACGAUUCAUCGUUGUGCGUUACAGACGAGACUAGCGCUAUAACAACGCCAAAUUCUGAGCAGUCAGUUUCACCAAAGCAUUUGAAAAUCGGACAACUAUUAUCAAAACCAACAAUUCAACAUGAAUCUGUAGAAAUUCUCGAACCUAUGCAACAAAAAAUCACCCAAGAAAAAAAUAUGAAUGAGGAAAAUGGAAACAAAAGUGAAAUAGAAUCUAAAGAGUUAUUUCCACUAUCAAAUGGCAAUGUGAAAGAUUGGUUUCAAAAUAUUGAUGAUAAUAAUGAUAACGAUGAUAAUGAUGAUAAUGGUGAUAAUGAUGAUAAUGAUGGUGAGAGAAGUGAGGUACAAUCCUAUAAUGUUGAGAGUGAUGUAGUGGAAGAAGCUACAUCAGAGGAAGUACGCAAUUUAAUGCGUCGGUUAACCAAAUCAAUGCGUGGUUCAACGGUUUCUCUAGUUAUUUCGCCAAAAAAUGACUCAUCUGGUACAGUAAUUAAUCCUAUCACUGUACUUUUUCCAACAUUAUCCAUUAGACGAGGUGAUUCUCGAUCAGCACUUAGUCACUAUCAUUUAUCAAAUCUAUCACCAUACGACAAAUUCAGUAAUUCGUCAUCUUUCUGCAAUUUGCAUUGGUUGGCCGAUAGUUCAUUGUUCAAUAAGCCAUCACAACAUGAAUCUAAAAUGAAUAAAGCAAUGCAGUCAUCCUCAGCACUACUAUACGGAUCAUCAAUGCAUUAUCAAUCGCCAAGCCCAAGCGAAAUUCACAUUCCCACCUCACAGCUACAUUUUGCGCCAACGAUUUCAAAAGACGAAAACAUAACAAAGCAAACUAUUUUCAGUGCUAAUCCACAAAUACCAGAGAUUGUUGAUACACAAACCAAAAAACCCAAAAUUUCUCAUUCCACAAAUCGUUUAAGGGAAAGUAAUAUCAAAGAUAUAAAACAUGAAUUUGUUCCUUGGCCAUCAGUGAAAGAAGCUCAAUCACAAGUCUCCGAAUUUUCACAACAACAACAGAAAUCAAUGAUCGAUUUUGGCGAUGAUCACCUAACGAAAAGCAUUUCACCUCAUUCACCUUCCAUGAAAACCGAUGACUUUGAAGACAAUUCCUCAACAUCUCAACAACAUCAACGUCGCUUUCGUAUAUCAGUUUCACCAUCACGACGCUUUCAAACUCAAAGUGGUCCUUCUGAAAGUGAUACCGAUACUAGCACUGGAAAACGCCGUUAUGUAAUUAGGCAAGAGAUAUUGCCAGAUUCGACAAUAAGUGUUAACGUAAGUGAUAGCGGGACGUCAUAUCGAAAAUCAUCAAUUCAUUCCUCAAAACCGACCGAAGUCGAUAAUCGUAAAGACCAACAAUAUUAA